AUGGACGAGAAUUCGGCGACGACUACGGCUGUCACGAACACAGAAAAUGUGGCUGCGGAUCGUCAGUCCCGGAACAAAUUGGCGGUCGGGAUCGGGGCCGCUUGGCACCGGCUGGUAACGUACAUGUUCGAGCCGGAGGACGGCACAUGUUUGGCCAUGAUGCGUAUUGCGUUCGGUAAGUACCUUCAGAAAAUUUGUCGGUCGCAAUGCAAGGAACAAAACUUCAUUUGCGCGAAAGCGGGAAAAUUUUUGAAUAGGAGGGAGAAGACUAUAUUCAUCAAAAAUGAACCGGCGUUCUUGAGACCUAAUUAGUUCGGUUGGGCUUAGUUAACAACUAAGCCUAACUAAACUUUUCAAAAAUUGUAUAUAAUAUACCUAUCGUUGACAAUAUCCAAAACAAACCCCAUUCCUCAGACAAGGAUGACUUAGACUAAAGGGGACGGAUGAUUUCAGUUGGAAUAUAAAUGGGACUCCGGCUUCCCCUCCUCCGUUCUUUUAGAAACUUUUAGAUACCCAAAAUCAAAAUAAUAAGUAUAAUCUCAAGAAAUUUUAUUUUAGUGAAAUUCGAUUUAGUAGAUUUAAUACAUUCUUUAUCAAUAUAAAUGGUCAAUUGUUCCAUUUAGAAUAUUUUGAUAACGCCUUCGUCUUAUCUUCAUUAACGGCUGUGGGUCUCAACUGCUUCACCUGGCUCAAACUUAAACGGGCAUGUUACUAUGAAAUGUUGAACUACUUUUUAGAACAUUUUUCGAUAGUUUAGGGCAUUUAAAUUCGGGCCCUAAUAAUAUAAUAAAUCUAAUAUAAUAUUUCGAAAUACUUAUGCACUUACAGUUUUCCACUUUAAAAAGUAAGUAAUCCUCGCGUAUUCCCGCCACUACAGUGGCAUUAUACGGCUUACUAUAUUUUUUAAACAAAAUAUUAUUAUAUUAUAAUGUUAUGCAUAGCUACGCUGAUGAUUAUCGACACGAUGAACGAACGGGGUUUCUGUCGUGUCGACAAACGAUGGAUGGAACCAAUGAAGUGUUAUUUUCCAUUAUUCGACAUUAUCAAACCGUUGCCAGGCGGAUGGAUGUGUUUAGUGUACGCGGUCAUGUUCUCGGGUGAGUCGGACUUAUACCGGUAAAAUGGUGUAUUCGGUGAGUCAAGAGUAAAAUAAUCAAUAGAAUGUUACGAUCGUGGAGCAGACCCGCGUUUGAAAAUGUUAAGGAAACUAUAAACAGUGACAAGAAAACAAAUAAUUAUGGAAACUGUGAUAAAACCAGUAAGGUGCAUUGUAUUAUUGACUGCACAGAUAUCUAUCAGUAUUGUAGAUAUUUGUGAAUAACUGCAAUAUUAUUUUAUAGUUACCAUAUUAUAAGGUUAUAGGGUAGAUAUAUCAUUCAACAUUAAUAACACAAUCUGAUGAUCAUUCCAAACUGUUCAUCGAUAUAGUAAAUAAUUACUAUGGAAAUCACUAUGAAGGAAUCUUUCAAAAUUAAAAGAAAGUAGUAGAGUAAAACAAUUAAGUGCAGUCAGCUGAUAACAUUUUGGGCAGAUAAAAAUGUGAAAUCAAAUAAUAAUAAGGAUAUCAUAUUUAAUUAUAGAUACUUGAUUAAAUACGGUACAACCUAUGGGGUGAAACUUGUAUACAAUUUCCAAUCGUUUUUGUCUUUUUGAGAAGCCAAACGAAUUUUAUCCGCAUUAUACUAAACUUAUGAAAGAGGUAAGGGUUAUGGGUUCAAACUGUCGCUUAACUAUCCCGAUUGUCCGAUGCUAAUAAUAUAUUUUCCCGUUUUAUGUGAUUCCCAGUUAAUAUUUCCCCGCCAUACACCGAACCUGACAAAUACGGUUCCGGAUGUUUAUUUCAUUGAUUUAUAUAAUCCAGUAAUAAAAACCCUCAGAAAUAUCUCCCCGACUAAAUAUUAUUCCUAUAUUACACCAUUCCUGAAAAAUAUUGUCCAUUUCAAUCAUAAUUCCAUGGAAAAUAACAUAUAAAUUCAUCGCAUCUCUCGCGUACAGGCCUGCUGGGCGUGUUCGCGGGAUUUUACUACCGAACGAGUUGCAUCGCGUACGCGGUCACAUACUGGUAUAUAUUUUUGGCGGACAAGAGCUCGUGGAACAACCAUUCAUACCUGUUUGGACUGUUGACAUUGAUCUUCUCCGUGACGGACGCACACCGCAAUUGGUAAGCAGCACGGGCCCAAACCGUGAACGCGGUAACCGCGAUUACCGCGGUUACCGCGUUCACGGAAUCGUGUCAUCCGUGCGACGUUUACACAUCAUCCCGCACUGCAGGUCCGUGAACAGUUGGUCGGAACCCCAGAAGCCGGUGCCGCGUUGGAACUACCUGCUGCUCAGGAUACAGUUUUUCAUCAUGUACUUCGUGGCCGGUCUGAAGAAGUUCGAACCCGACUGGCUGUGGGGCUAUUCGAUGAUGACGCUGGGCCAUAAUUACGCAUUCACGCCAUUCAGGUAAGCGCGCAGACAUUCUUGGCGCGGUUACGCCGUUUUGAGGGGAAAAGGGGAGCUGUCGGUUCAUAGAUAGAACCACGGCGUAUAUCUGAUAUCAUGUCUAAUAAUUAUUAUAACUAUUACCUACAUAUUAUAUAUUAUAUACGAGUAUAGUGUAUACAUUGGCGUAGGAGCAGUGGGCGGCUGGCAGUUGCCACCCCCCCCCCCCCCAUUAAAACCAUAAGGGGACAAAUAUAUAAUUUCGAUCCCUCAAUAAAUUAUAGAUAAAACUAUAUGAACAACAAAAAAAAAUAUUUAAAUUCAAUUUUCGUCAAUAUUAUUUAUAAGUACCUCAUGUAUAAAAAUAUGUAUUACUUAUAAUUAAAAUUAGUAAGUAAAUUAAUACGUAUUACAAUUUCAAAUAAAUACUAUAUUUCAUUAUUUUAUAACACGGCUGAUGUUAUAAUUUCAAAAAAAGAGUCGAAAUCGAUUAUAAUUUUGUGACAUUACUACGUGUAAUUUGAUACGUAAUAAGUUUUGAUAGUUAUUAUAGUUGUCGUAGAUACCUACGACAACACUGUAUAUCUACAGAAAUUACAUAAAACUUUGUUUUUACUUUUAAGUUGUGUUUGCACCCAAGUUCACAUUAUCACAAAGCAAAAACCUUUAUCAUUGCUGUCCACAAAUCGUAUAAACACACUACCAGUAUAUUAUAUUAUGUAUAUCUAUAGGCAUUUAAAAAAAAAAAAAAUGGCAUGUUAGGAUUCAAUAAAUUUUGUCAUUUCGCGCACUGAUAAAAGAGUAAAAAAAAAAUAGUAUAAAUAGGGAAGGUGACCGCUUCUCCUACAUACAGACAUCAAAUACGGUUCCAAGAAAUAUAUAUGGUAUGACUAUAUGGAUAAUUACACCUUCUAUAUUUUUGCCCCGCCCUACCUGAAAACAGUUACUGGGCAUCUGUAUAGGUAUAAUGUGGCUUGGGUGUAAAAGAACCACUCUUACUUUUUGGCAAAAUUGAGUGAAUUUUAAUUUGAAAAACCACGAAAAGUCAUAAUUUCCGAAUGUUGUAAAAAAAGUAAGAUUGGCUCUUUUUGACCAAAGCCACAGAGUUAUGUGUGUGUAUAAUUAUUUCUAAACAAUUCCCAUUGAAUUUGAAUAAUUUCUAUCCGCGUCUGGAGAUAAUAAAGACGAAUUCCGUACCCACUCUGUCGACCAGAAUGAAAACCGUUGUAGUUCCGUAACAUAGUGUUUAUUGUAUCAUAUGCGCCUGGCCUAAUUUAAAUUAUUCUACAGGUACGUAUUCUCGGCCGAAUUCGUCGAUCAUUGGAUUGUACACGUCGGCGGAUUUCUCAUCGAUUUGCUAUCCGGCUUCGGGCUGUGCUUCCGGUCCAGUCGGCCGUUCACCAUCGUCGUGCUGCUUAUUUUUCACGGCAUGAACUCGGCAAUGUUUUCCAUAGGUAAUAUGCGUACACAACCGUAUGCUAGCUUGUUCCGUCCUUACCAGUGGCGCAUCUGAAGCUAAUUUUAGGGAGGAAGGGCGGUGAACGUGGGAUAACGCGCCACUGUCCAAUGCCCCGCAGAAUAAAAGUAUCUAUGUGCGUCAUGAUCGAUAAUAAUGCUACGACAAAUACCAUCACGAAACAGUAUAAUUAUUGCAAACGGGCUGUAAUAACAUUUAAAUGUUAUUAAAAUGAUAACACUGCUGUUAUAUUAUUACGUAAAUAUAAUGUUCACGUCACUUGUCGGACUCAAUCCUUAUCAAUUCCCAUAGACGUAUUGUUUAUAAUAAUAAUAUUACAAUAUAUUCGCUCUUGAUACCGCGGUUUAUGAUAAUUUGGCUAUCGGAUUUUUAUCAAUGAUAAAAUUAAUUGGUUUCUCGGACGUCCAAUUCAAUGAACGUCAAAUGAAUGAAGCGAAAUCGGUCACGUUCCGCGUGAUAUUAUUAAACUAUAAAACGCGUCAUUAACGCGUUCACAAGCUACGAGCUGGUCGAGUUAUUCGGCAGUUGGUAACGGAAACCGCCGAUUCCGUACGAAUAGACGUGUACAAUUUCACUCGGCCUUUAUAAGACCUAAUGAACACGAUACAAUAUUAUUACAUGAAUGAAAAUUCGUGAAUUAUCGUUACAGAUAACGUCAUUGUCGAUAAAAAAAAAAAAAAAUGUAUUAAAAUGUAUUUUCUUUAACAUACCUAGUAAUGAUAUUAUAAUACGCGCACAGUCAAACAGACCCGACAUACUUCGCACCACGGGUAGGCCAUUGUUGUAUGUGGAUAGUUGGAAAAAUAGGAUUUUCCGUACGCCACAAUAAAUCAUUGCAGCAAAUUUUCAAACGAUUCUGAACGGAGCGGUAUGAUUCGCGUUUUCGAUAAAAAUCAAAAAUACUAAAAAAAAAAAAGUAGGCCACAAGGGUAAAUUUCUGGAAAUGUCGAUACAUUACGUUUCAAAUACAAUACCGCCGGCCGGAAAUUUCGUGUACUUUGAAAGGUCGCACGAACAAAUCUAAGCGUUUUUACUAACCAAGAAAAUUGUUCCUGAGAAAAAUUGCACAUUUACACGGCUACAACUGCUUCGUCGCUGUACUCAAGCUUUAUCUUAGAUGAGUCGCUACCGGGUAUAAAUAAUUCGAAUAUCAUAUUGUUGUUCAAUUUGCAAAAUGUGGAUGUUUGUUCGUCGGGGCAAGACAAUACUCGGGCGUUAUCUUGUGGGUCGCCUCGGAGAGACACGAGCGAAAAACAAAAAAAAACCCAACCGUUAUUAUUAUUCGAUUCGGUCGGCGCCGGUAGCGUGUAGUGUGUCCCUCUUUUCAAAAUAGAUUAAAGUAACGGUGUUCGUUGAUAAGGUAAACGCGAUAUUAUCGAUGGCGCGAACGCUGCAGCGGGAUUACGCGGCGGUUGGGACGAGGGACCGCGGUAGAGGAAUGUGGGGGAUGGGGAGGAGUGGGUCGGCAUAGCGGUAUAGAGGCGGCCGGAGGUCGCGGGAUAUCCGUGAUCCACGGACGUUUUCUAUGUCACGGACAAGGCCCCGGUACGGGUCAAAGCUAAAGCACUGCUAAAGCGGCUGAAGUAGCGAAAACGCGUUGUUGCACUACGCGGCGGUAUCAUUUCAAUAGUUUUUUGUUUUUUUUUUUUUGAACACGCGUGUGAUUACGCCGGUCGAAAACCCGGGCCGUCUAGAAUUUUCAACGCGACAAAAAUAAAAAUCAUCCGCAUACUUUCCAACGCGUUUUAAUAAAACAAAAACAAAAAAAAACGAAAUGUUAACCUGUACAAAACGGAAUACGGCGGACAAAGCCGCUUUCCGUUAUUCGGGCCGAACAGUUUUUCGUAACGCCGGCGCCCGAAUCACUCCGGCGUCGGAUUUCAAAUGACGCCACUGUAUUGCGGCAAAACAAUAACAAUAAUAAUAAUUACGAUAACAUUGCAAAACCGCGCGCGUGCUUUCCGGUAUACAGGUAUGUUUCCGUACGUGUGCGCGGCCAUGUUGCCGGUUUUCUGCGAACCCGCGGCCGUGGCCAGAGCUUUGGGCGCCACAGCCGUCACCGGGACCGGCCAAUCCGGACGAUCCUCGGACGCCGCGGCCGUCCGCAAAUCGCCAACAACAGCGGCCAAGCGGAACGCGGUAGCCGCGUGCGUGUGCGCGUACGCCGUCCUGCAGCUGUUCAUGCCGUACUCGCAUUUCGUGACUCGGGUGAGCCUCGUAUCCAAUGUACAAUAUGACCCGCCGAACACCAACGCCGUUUGGGAAUCGUUGCCGUUCGCCCGGUCCGCGUGACAUCGCACGCUCUGGCGGAGAACGUGACAAAAUGCAGCGACCAUAUUGCCUGUCGCACCUGACCGCCUAACCCCCGCCCCAUAUUAAAUGUAUCGGAAAUCAGUGUGUUGAACGGUUACCGCCGGACAAAUCGCAGCUACUUCUCACGGGAUAGCCGACGCCCGGCUGUUCCGGCUUGAUUUUGAGUUCUCGGAGUAAAUCUUUCUUUAGGCGCCGACGCGUGCGGACAGAACGGGCCGCGGCAACGAUUUCCGACCGUGCACCGUGUCCCGUGUCCACGGAACUGUAGCCAGAGCGAGACGACUGAAACCGGCGAUGCCCGAUUGAGCACGGUCGUCAUUGGCCGACAUUUUCGACGACCCGACUGAGCACGAUAAAAUAAAUAAAUAUUGUGUACGACGUUGUCAGAUUUUCACCGGUACGGAUGUCGCGUAGAUCACUAAUUGGCAACUGACAUAUUAGUCAAAAACGAUUUUGCUGUCGAUCGAUGGGUACCCACGGAAAUUGAAAAUAACUGGGAUAGAUAGGAAACCAGAAUUUUAUCUACAGCGAUUGCGCUAAAUUGCGAUUAACUGUUAUUGUAUCCACCCACGCUGUAAAUAACACUUGGUCACGGUCAGUCUGUUCCGUUGUCUCGCGCUCGUGUUCCUUCAAAAAUAGUGUGUAUUUUGUAAACUUUACGAUUUUUAUGGAUGGAAAUUAAUGAAAUACAAAUUAUUUUAUCCGGGAGAGGCGAAGAGUUGGCAAAUGUUGGAGCCUUCAAGUACAGGUUUAUUGGGUCGAGAAAAAAAUGUGAAUUGUUGAAAUGGUGAUGUACAAAAAAAUGAUUAUAUUGAAAUAUUUUUUUUAUACAUAUUCGGUAUUAAGAGGAACACAUUUUAAUUGUAAUAUAUAUAUUGAACGCUGUUUUAAUAUGUAACAUUAUGUGAUUAAAAACCAACAAAAGAUUUUUAUUAAUAAAUAUUUACGUUCAAAUGUAUUUUAUAUUUUAAUAAUAAUAUUCUACUUAAUUGAAACCUAUUUUCGUGCUCAAUCGCGUUGUUUUUUUUUUGGGUUUCUGUUGUUUAAUUGUAACCGUGCUCAAUUGGGUUUUGAAAAAGGUCAAUCGUGUUCAAUCGGGUUCCACCCACUGAAACAUUCGCCUCAAACGCUGAGGCGCCAUCACAAUGGUGGUGCUGAGCCUAAACAAAUUUCUUUAAAAUACAAAAUUCAACCGUAGAUAUCGUAUUUACUAUGUAUUAACUCUUUGACUGUAGCCGCGUUUGAACACAUUAGUAAACUCAAACUUACAGAGAAAUAAUUGUGAUCAACGAUAUCGGCCGGCGGAUACUAUCGAAUUUGGGUAUUCAAAAUACUUGUAAAAUUACUUAUAACAUUUUUGUAUUUAUCAAUGUGUUUUGCAUAAUACUCCUUAGUUUUUUCAUUCAGUGUGCAAUAAAUCUUAAAACAAAUAAAUUCAUGCUUAAUGCUUAUCUAAAAAUUCAAUAAACAAGUUGACAAUGUUUAAAACAGUAUCUAACUAAGGAUUUAUUUUGUGGGAGGGGUCGCUGGUGGUAUAAAUUCGAAUUUACAUCGGGCGCCAGAAAAGCUUGCUACGGCUCUGCGUGUCCAGGCCAUAAUAUCUACUUAGAGGAGGGGGCACAGCGUUAACAUGUCUUCCCUCGACUCGGCCUUAAUGGAGCCGCCUUUCAGAGGGCGAAGCAAAACCUAGGCGGGCGUCGACGCCCGCGCCUAGCCACCUGCUCUGCGGCUUGCUUCGCUCUCUCGGUCUCUUCCUUCCUUACCAUUAUCGACCACGGCGAGAUAGGCUUAAGACCUGGCCUGACCCAACCUAUCUUAACCUGCGUUACCCUCAGAAUCCCAAAUUCGAUAAUAAUUCCAGCGGAACGCUGUAUACGGUUUGAAUCGAACUGCUGUAAUCUGUACAAAUACACUGUUUAUACUUAUACGAAAUAAUACAAUUUUUUUUUUUUUUUUUUUUUUUUUCAAUUGUUUUCAUCUAUCGGUUUUUGUCCCGCAGGGUUAUAACGGUUUUCGAGACGGUUUGUACGGAUACUCUUGGGACAUGAUGCUAUACAACGUCGAUUUGGCAAAGAUACAAGUGAAGGUGGUGGACCACAAGCGCCGUGAAAAGUUCUUCGUGGACCCCGAAGUAAUACGAUACGAUUAUUCUAUAGUAUGAUAAUUUAGUAUUAAUAUUGUUAUAAUAACAGUGACCGGAUAACCGCGCGCCAGCCAAUAGGGAAUUGUGAUCAGUUCAAUUUCUGAAAACAAUUUUAUUCGCACACAUGUAAUAUAAAACAUAAUGUGUUUACCAUUAAGUACGCUAAUGUCUUAUUUUUUAAGCUUUCUGUGUAACAAGAACAGUGUAUGAUGUCGCAAAAUUAUUAUUAAAAUUGUUUAGGUGUGUUGCCUACGCCGUUAAUUCCGUUUUAUUCGAAAUGUCACAGAAUGGAAACGUGUCUUCCCGCGAUUCUCCGUUUGUACACCCGUCCCCGCGAUCACUGUUGACCGCUGUCCAAUAGUUGAUUUUUUUUUUUUUUUUCUAAACGGCAUUUCCUCGUCCGUGACAUUUAAAUGGACUAAUAAUAACUGUUAUUUCGUCCGUGUCGCCAAGUUAAUCCAUAAAUCAAAACAAUAAUAAUAAGUUUCAAAAAUACCAAAAACCCCGCGAUGUAAUAAAUUGAAUUUCGGAAAUCCGGCUUCGAGGUGCAUACGGGUCCCGUUUAUCUGUAUCUGUACGUAAAUUCUCAAACGGAUUUUCACUUUCGUUUACUAUACUAGUAAAUAGACGUUUCGUGACAUUUUUUUAAACGUAGAAAAACGAUUUCAACCGUGUAAAAAUUAGGUUACACUGCAGAAAUUGUCGUAAGUAAACAUGUUUUUUUUUUUUUUUCCAAAUACGUAUCGUUGUAUCCCAAAAAGGUGUUUAAAUCAUGUAUGUGAUUUAAUUAUAACAAAAACAGUGGUUUUGUGGAAAAACAUAUUAAUCUUGAAAGCAGAAGUUUGACAUCAAAAAUUACAUACUAAAGUAUUUUCGUUUCGUUUGACGCGCCAUGCGUCGCUGCGCUUAAUAUAAAUAUUAAACAUAUUUUACAAUAUGUGUUCGUUAACCGAACAGUUUUGGUACAGUGGGAUGGGAUGGGUUACAUGUAUCCCGGUUUGUAUUUUACUUUUUUAUUUUUAUUUUUUCAAUAACGUCCAACAAUUGUUCGCACGUUAAAACGUCUCGGGUUUCUACCUGACAUUCGAUCAAAGUCGAACGCGAACGAACAAUGUUAUCGAAACGACUGGUUUCUGUUAUUUAACACUAUGGUAUACCUACCUCUUUGUUUUUAUUUUCUCAACAGUUUAACUGCACAAAUUCAAUGCAAAAACGUAUAGAUUGUGAUCGUGCAUAGAUCGAUGCAAUUCAAUUUAAUAACGUUUAAUCGAAUGAAUUUCUUCCCGAGAUAAGCCGACAUGUCGUUACGAACAAAAAAAAAAAAAAAACAACAACCAACUCGUUUUCGAGUUCAGCUAGAAUCGAUGGCGUUGUUGCGGGGACCGAAAACGCAUACUGUUGGACACCGCAUUUGUCCGCAUUUUAUCACGCUGCACGUAACGAAAAACCGGGGACAUUUUCGGACGAACACAUUCGGAUCAAGUGCCUGCAAAACGGGCCGACGACGCAGCAUUGUUUUCGUUGUGUAGAGAAAUAAUAUUGUUAUCGUCCGCACGCACUACUGUGCAUAAUAUAAUAUUAUGAAUGGCGUGAUUUUACGUUUUAUACAUGACGGUAACAAUACGCAUGACGAAAAUCAACGCAAAAUACGUAGGGCACUCCAAAUGUUAGACACGAAUAAAAUUUUUUUUUUUAAUUUUAAAUAUUAUAAUCUAAAAUGCUAUGCCCUAUAAUGGUACCGAUCCUCAACUGUAGUCGUAAAAAAAAAAUAAAAAAACUACCGCAUUACGUUCAAUCUUUUUUUGAUUUGAUCACUGAAUAAAUCAUGUAAUGAAACUCGUGUUAAAUUUUUAAAAAUAUCUGUUGGGUCGAACAAUUUUAUCCUGCGAGUAAAAUCUAAAAAAAAAAAAAACGAAAGCUUUGAAAACAAAUUAAAAAUCUCCAGAAUGUUUUGAACAUAUUUUUACCACGCAUAAUAGGCGCUGAUAUUCUGUGAAAAUUUCAGAGCUUUACCAUAUGUUUAUCUUUAAAAUAAUUACAAUAAAAUUUUUUUUUAAAAACCAUAAUAAUGAGCGUUAACGCCGUAGAUUUUCCUACGUAUUCCCCAAUUUUUCCCAAUCAUUACGAAAACUACUCGGUAUUUAAAAAAAUGGCUUCCUGAACACACUGAUUAGAUCUAAAAUUCUAUGCAAAAAAACUCUACGGUUUUUGAUCGGAACAAGAUUUACAGUAUAAAAGUCGCUCACGAACACAAAACAAUACAAAUAAAACCCAUAAUAAUUGUAAAACCUAUACAUUCCUCCUCGCUCCGGACGGAAUAUAAAGGGUGUUUUUUUUUUACCACGAACCAGUAAUUUUCUCUGAGGAUUUUAAGAGAAUUUGAUUUUUUUUUUUAAUGUGAAAUCGGUUAAGGUUUAUUUUAAAACCAUUUUUAAUUUUUUAACCCUACUCCAUACACCUUAAAUGAGUAUAAUUAAUAUUAUAAUAUUUUGUUUCCACGACCGAUUCCAUAAUGGUUGAAAUAAGAAAAAUAACAGACAUCGAAUUCGUUUAUUCGUUUAAAAUCCUCUGCGGAGAUAAUUGCUGGUUCGUUAUAAAAAAAACAAAAAAAAAAAAAAUCAGCCCAUAUAACUGUACCUAUGCGAAUACAUGACAAUAAUUACUCGGAUUGUCCCGGCCACAGAGCUGGACGGACAACAGCAAGUGGGUGCUGCACGGCGACAUGAUGAGGCAGUUCGCCCGGUGCGUGGCCGCCAACAUGCCGGACAGACGGGACAACAUGUCCGUGCUGAUGGACGUCUGGGGGUCGCUCAACGGCCGGUUCCACCAACGGCUGGUCGAUCCGAACGUGGACCUGUUACACGCGCCCUGGUCCCCGUGGUCGCCCGUGCCGUGGCUGAUGCCGGCCAUACGGCAUUUGGACCGGUGGCGGCCUUGGAUAGUGGACGCGAAAAACCGAACGGACGACCACCGCCUGUUGUUUUUCGCCGAUUUCCAAGGUAAACAUAAUACAAUACAAUUUUUACAGUUUUAUCGUAUUUGCAAAACUGGCCGUGGCCCAAACACUUAAAGAAACGUUUACAAAUUAGGUUACACAGUUCAGUACAUAAUUACACAAGUAAAUUAAUUAUACUGCAGUUUUAACUGAAAAAAAAAAAAUGGCGGGUCUUCGUUGGCAAUGCGCGUCGUCCUAAACAUCGGUCGGUUAAGUGAGUGGUUAGCAGUGCGGUGUUGUAAUAGUGGAAGGAUAAGGCGAUCGGGACCGGAAAUGAGGCGUUCUAAAACAAAUUUGGCUAAGAAACGUGAGACAGUGUUAUCACUCCAUCGAUAAGCAUCCUAAAGAACAGUUAGCAAUCCAUAUAUUAACAUGACAUUGUCAUGUUAUUUAUCGUAAUACGAUACACAGGCACAACUAGACCACCGACUUUGGGGUACUAAUAUUGUAAACACACACAACAGACCCAUGGUGACAACGUUCCCACAAUCCCCUUUACACGACACUUGUAAUAAACAACUACACAUCGCGUUUGUAAUUUCGUUUAUAAAAAUUUAUCGUGACUUUUAAACUUAUUUUUUAUACACACGUGUAUUGCCUGUAGGUAAUAUGUAUUUCGUUCUGUUUACUAAUUACUAUGAAGUACAUGGAUAAAUAUUUAAUCGAUACUAUAAAAAAAGCUCAUCGGGUGUUUUUUCGGGAGUACUAAAGACCCCCACUCACCAAAUGGACCAUUAGUCAUAGAGAUGGACAUGAAAUCCAAAUAUCCGAAUUAUUCGACUAUCCGGGUUUAAAUCAAAUUCUUAUCCGGAAUAUCCGGAUUUGUUUUGUUUGAAAUUGCCUGUUGUAAAAUGAAUUCACUGCGUGUAUCUAAUGUACUAAUAUGAUCUAUAUUUAUGCUACAAUACAACAAAGAAGUUUAGGGUUAAAUAAUAACGAUAACUUACAAAAUAAGUCGGGUCAUCCGAAUUAUCUGGAUAAUCCGUGAAAUUCGGAUUUAAUAAAUCCAUCACUAAUUAUCAACUCUGAUCGUACGUUACGAAUACAAUGCGAUUGCUAUAUGAAUAAUAGUUAGUUAACUAAUAAACAUUAGUUUUGAAGUAUUUUUCUGGCCAUGAAAAUAUGUUUAAGUAAUAGGCACAGUGGUCGAAGUGGCUCAAAAUAAGUGGAAUAAGGAUGCCUGAACUUUUAUACACUACUCUAGCAUUAUGACUUAUACACUUAGGGGUGAUUGGAGGUGGAGAUGAGUUAAGCCCUAUAGUGCUCAUUUUUAUAAUACAAUUUUUUACAUAGUAUACAUUUUUGUGUUUCAGUUUGGUGUUUUAUUUGUUGAUGUAUUUAAAUUUGUAUGUGCAUAUAAUUAUAUUUUUAUUUAAAACGUAAAACAUAUUUCCAUAAAUAUAUAAUUUAUGCUCGUACAGUUUACCAAUAGGUUCUAACAGCAUGCAUUAUGUGAUUAUACAGUACUGAAGUAGGUACAAAAACAAAUAAAAAAACUAAACUGUUUAUACAGUAUAUUGGUAUAAAAAAUACCAAUAUAAAUCGAUAAUCUUUGUAUAUAAUUAUAAGGGGGAUGUAUUAUUUCGGACAAAAUAAGUGAAAGGAUGAAAAAUGCAGAUUAUAAUAAGUAGUGGGAUGUCAUCCCCUCGUUUCCCCACCCCCACUCCGACCACUGAAUAGGCAUUACAUGUUAUUCUCACUGUCCUUAAGUACUCAUUAACAAACUUGAGAAGUUCAUAUCUGUAACAAUUAUAAUUUAUAACUGUUGUUUGUUUAUAUUAAGUUUUUAAACCAUAUUUAUCCCUACGUAAACUUUUUUGGAAAUACUUGAAACACGUUUCAUCGAAUUUUAACAAAAUAGCUGAGUUCAGUUUGAAAAAUAAAUAGUUUGGCUAUUUCCUAGCGUUCUGUUGUGUUAUGCUGACAAAGUUAAAAGUUAUCAAAAAAAAAAAAAUAAUAAUAACUCGUGACUCAACUACCUAAAUAAUUACUGCCCAGCGUCGACUACGUUUAUAACGUGUUCUCGAAAUUCGCACGUUUCGUUAUUUUUUUUUUUUUUCAAACUAGUCUUUCGGACGAACAAACAGCAAACGUCAUCGGAGGCGCCAAUAAAAACGGCGUCGGCCUGCAGUUAUUCGAUUAAAUUUCUAUAUCAUUAUUUUUUUUUUCACAUCGAUACGAUAUCAUACGUCUACACACGACUCGGUACGGCGGGAGGGGAAAAAAUCGUAAUUACUAUAAACGAGAAUAUUGCGUUGUUCAGAAUCCCGGGCUGACCGAUUGAUAAAAAUUAUGCGACGAGCGCGAGAUAAUCUCCUACCGGGUAUUGGCAUUGACAACUGUGAUUACCGAAUAUGACGAUAUAAUGACGAUAACAACGUUAUAAAAAUUGCGAUAUGCGUAGUGCGGGGCACUGGGCGAUAUAGUUAAACAGACUGUCGUGUAAAAAAUAAAAUAAAUGUACAAGUCGCGACGAAUCGUCCAUAAAUUCUCGAUUUUCCAUGCGACUAGCAGAAAACCGACGUGUCCACGAUGACGUCGUCGCGACAUUCGGUAAACAGGGGGGAAACUUAUCAAAUUUGCCCGUUAACGAGGAAAGUACCGAGUUAUUUGUUAAAAAAUAAAUAAAAAGUGGAUUAUGCCUACUGUUCACAGUUCGGUUCACUGUUGUAGAUGAGUAGUUGAGAAGAUAGGACGUACGAGGUUAUAAUUUAGUGUACACAACGAAUAUAAAUCAUUUCGAACGAAAAAACCAUGUUCAGAAAUAUUAUUAAUCAUUUUUUUUUUUUUUUUUUAGAGUUGAAUUGUGAUAAAUAUUGAUUAAUGUUUCAAAUAAGGUACCGGUGAGCGGAAUUUCCCUGUUCUUAAAGUUAUGACAUGAAAAAUUCUAAACAAUUUUAUGUUUGAUUAAGUUCAUGUUGAACUAAGCUUUAUGUUUUUGUUUAAUCAUAAGUAAUUCCCGGGGAAAAAAAAACAUAUCUUUGUAAAAUCGAAAAACGUCUUUCUUUACGCUCGGAAAAAUGUUCUCGUACAAUUUUCGCUCGAAUAUUGACCUCCAUUUAUAAUUGGUGUUUUAGAUUUGCAUGCUUACAAAGCAAUCGUCGUCGAGUUUAAAUUGUAUUAUUAUUAUUUUAUUUCAAAACUUAAAAAUCGCCGAUAACGUAGUCAUGAAAAUCGAUUGGAAAAAAAAACGCCGCAAUUUUCCGUCUUUUGCUUUUGCUUGUAAGCAUUUAACGUAAAGUACGCGAACCGAGCGAGUGCACUGCAAGAAUGCGAAAUAAAUAAGGUACAAACCAAAAUGACGUUAUGGAUCAGACAAUGCAAAAAAAAACAAAAACAAAAUAAAAAUAGCGAAAACUGAACACGCUCCACACACUCAAACUAAACGCUCUGUACACUUGUAUUUAUAUCACAAUGCACACGCAUAACAAUCCCGUGGCACGAAUCCCGAGGACUUUAUUCAUAACUCUCGCAAUACAUUCAUCGCGUUUAUCGUUUAAUAAUUAUCAUCGUUUUAAUCGAUUCGACGAUUAGACGAAAAUAUUUUUUUUUUUUUUUUAUUAACGUACAGACAAUAAUAAUUUCUCGACAAAAUCGCAAUCGCCGUUAUCGUUUUUCCGCAAAACCGUUGCACAUACCCACACAAUCGAUUAUUAUUAUUAUUAUUAUUAUUAUUAUUAUUAUUGCCGGCGUAUCGCUAUAUUUUCAACGUGAAUACAAAUUGCACAAUCGUAAAUAGUGCUACGCGUUACGGGUACUGUAACAAUUAAUACGCGGGGAUCGAUUCUGUAGCCUAGGGGGAGCUAAUAACGAUGAAAUACCGGCGUCUCGUCGGUGUUCCUCGUCUGCGCGCGACCCACAACAUUUCGAUACGCUCGCGCCUACGACGCGGCCCGAAACGUCCCCGACCGAACCCGACCGGGACCCAAUAAUCCCAAUUAAUGACAUAGCCAUACGCGCGGUCGGAUUACGUUACGGCGUAUUGUACAGCGAUUGCCGAUACCGUACGCCGAGCGCGGUCGGAUGUGCGGCGGACCGUUCGCAAAUUAAUCCGAAACCGUUGCGGCGAUAACGCGGACGCGACGUAAGGGGGCACUCGAGGGGCCGCGGCCUCUGAAUAAUACGUCGAGACGAGCGGGUAGGCGGUGCACGGACGGGGUAAACCGUUACAACAAUCGUGAUUUAACGCGAUCCGUCACGAGAAGAAAAAAAAAAAAAACAACCAAUUAUCAUAAAUACGAAUCGUCAAUUACGAACAACGAAAAUAAAAACAGGCAAAUUUAUCGUUGGAAAGAAUUUAAAUCGUCUUGAAUCGUCUUUUACAAUUCUACGAAGUUUUGCAAUACGUUUUCAAGAGGCUACGGAAUAAUUGUUUAGGGACGCGGUCUUACGUAGGUUUCGAAGGUCAUCGGCGGGGAUGAAGGUAAAGUGACACCGUCACACACGUCUCCCCCGAAAAAUAGUUGAUGAAAUGUCCCUGAUAAUCGAGAUCGGCUCGUGCCUGUUUAGUGUUUAUAUUAUUGGGAAACACAUUUGCAUGGCCAUCUGGGAGCCAUAAUCGUGUAUGCGAUGAGUUUUAACUUUUGGGCGAUUGCGAAUGCCAAAAUUGUUUUUUUUUUUUUAAUAUUAUCGUGAUCGCGUGUAAUCAGAUACUAGUCUGUAUACUCGAACAUUGCAAUAUUCCAAACAAUACGUUAAACGGCAUACAAACAUCGUGUAGUGUCCACCUAAAACCACGUGUAACUAAUAUUAUUGCCUAAUAACACGUAAAUGCAUUAUACGACUGUUAUUCUGACCCCGCCCAAGAUCAGGAUUCUUAUAUUAUUAUUAAAACGAGGAUUUGAGGGCAAUCUAAAAAGGCGAAAAUUGCAUUUAAUUGAUAUAAAAAGCAAUUACAAAAUUAAAUAGAUUUCAGUUGCUUUAACUAGUUUGUAUUAAAAAAAAAAAAAAAAAUCACUGCCAUGUACUUAGAUAAGCUGUCUCCGGGUAAAACGUUGACGGUUCGGGCUCAACAUAUUUUUGUACGUAGAAAAUAAUCUUUUUACGUCCACCGAAGUUAUUGGAGCGUAUUUAAUACAUAAAUAAUUAUCUACUACUCAUUAAAUCGUCGUCGUUUGCUGUUUCUCCAAUUAAUACUCUGUUGAUUUUUUUUUCUUCAUGUUUUCCCAUUCUUUGUUCUUCGACAUUAUUUUGUUGAAUUUAUCCGAAAUCAAUUUAGCCACCGCCUCUCACGUGUGUCGUUGAAAAAACCUAUCAGGUCAAUUGAAAAUUAAACAUAGAUAAGGCAUUUAUAAACAAAAAUGAAUUUAUAAAUAAAAGGGUAAAAAAAGAAUACAUCCACCAUCACUGAUAUUAAACGAAACACAUUUGUAUGUAAUUAUUUUUCUAUUAUUGUCAAAAAAAAAAAAAAGGCCUUUUGCCUUCAAAUCCGAAUCCUAAUUAUUAUAUACCUGCCGGCUGCUAGUGAAACGAGUGUAGAUAAUGUGCCCCGCCUCUAAAUCGUCCAAAUAGUCUAAUGUGAAAACGAACGAACCGAUAUCGCAUGUACGCGUAAGAAGGUUUUUCGCGAAAACGCCCAUAAAACAAAAAUCGAACCUUUCUGGCGGAAACGAUAGUAUGCCCAAACACCGGGAAAGUGUCGUGUCCGGUGGCACCGAAGUCCUAAAAAUAUAGUUAGCGUAGAUUUUCAUUUCUGUGAUGAAAUAUUUAUUCGAUUUGGCAACCAAAAUUUGCUCCAAAAUAAAUCAACACGAUUCUUAAUUUUUAAAAGAAGUCUGACCGAAACACAGGUUUCGGCGCCAUUAGCCGUGUCUGUCUUCAUUUUCAAAUGGCCUUUAAAAGACCCGCCGUUAUACCGUAUUGUUAUUGCGCUAUAAAUACUGUAGGUACUCGAAAAUACUGUGCACCGAUACAGUUCGCUGUCUCGUAUACCGUUUUCUGCCUUAAAAUGGGCAUCUUCCGUUCAAUGUCGCUGAUAUCAUUCACGAUUCGGUCACUUGACCUACGAACUUCGUUUCAAAUAUCAACGUUUUUUGUCAUCUACCAUUGUAGCCGAACGGCGUUUCACAUGCACAUGUCAAAACUGGUCGGAGGAAAUUAAUAAUGGAAUGCCUCGUCAACGGAUCGACGGAAAUCAAAAAACGUCAACAAUAAAAUUUUGUGUAACUAAUGCUCCGUCUACUUGUGGACUUUCAAAUGUAGGUUGCCAUUUGAAAAUCAAAAAUAGGUAGUAAUUUUACCCCGAAAAGAAAGGUGACCGAAAAAAAAAAAAAAAAAAACAUAAAUAUAAAAAUUGUAGACCAGCUUGUUUCUCAAAUGUUCCGGAAAACGAUUUCCGGAAAGAGUUAAUAUUUUCCGGGGUAACAAGUGUAUCCAUUUAAAUGGGUCGUCUGGUAGUUAUCGUACAAUCGUUAUACCCACGACUUUCUCAUCGCUUUUAAUUCGGCACUGACGAUAAAAAGAUACGUUUUUCCGUAAAACCGUCGUACGCACGCGCGCUGUAUAUUUUACCUUUACGUCGACGGACCGAUUCGCCACAACCGAGUCGCCGCUAGCCUUUUCGCCGCAAGACUCUUCGCGGACGCACUUAUUCGCCACUAUACUUGGCCCGACGGACUUAUUUUCUUAAAAGAAAUGAACACAUUUUUUUUUUUUAAAAAAAGAGCUGAUACUGAGGACGGGUGCAGCCACCGCUGUAGGUGGAAAGUUUGAAUUUUGGGAUUUACCUGCCCAGCCUACGCCACAUCACUAGCGCCAGAUCUAAUAUCGGAGGAACACUGGUACGGUUCGAUAAAUUGGAAAUUUCAAGUUUGUCGUUAUGAUGCUAUUGCCUUAAACACCUAUUUGUUUUUCCAACAUUUCUCGCGUUUGAACGUGGCUAAUUGCGCGGGUCGUAGAAACUGCGGUCCGAGGAUCGAUAUCUUCCUAUCUAAAAUAAUGUUUGUAAUUUUUUUUUGUUUUCGUUCGUUAACACCGCGUCUAAAUCCCAUACACGGUUUCAUUUUUCAUACAGUCUCUGCGUUAACUUUUGGAAAAACCGAAAAACUAAAAAACAUUUUUCGUAAUACGCCAUUACCUACUAUUAACCGAGCUCCGCUCUGAAUCGUGUUUCGUUAACAAUUAUUAAUUGUUGCGUACAAAUUUAAAUUAAAUUCCCCUCUACAUCUCGCUUUCCCGAAUUCUCAGUUCUCAACUUUUAAAAAUAUUCUAGGCAUUUUGUAUUUUCGUGUUUUUAUUUGUAUUUUUGUUCGGUGGGAAUCUGUGAUUAAAAUGGCAUGCCUGAUGUCAGAACAGAAAUGCUUAAAAAUUGUACACAAAAUUAAUUUUAAGUUGUAUCAAGUAGUCGAAAGAUAAAUUUGAAUUAUAAUGUAUUAGCGUUUUCUUUAAAACCGUUUAAUGAUAAAACAGCGACUAUUAGACAAAUUGUAUUCCUCGUAUUAUUUGUCAGUUUAAUGUGAACAUAAUUUUUUGACCAAUCCAAAAUAUUUGAAAAUUGAAAACGAUGCAAGUCAACUUAUACCGUGUUAUAACUUUUUUUUUUUGAUGGUAAAACAUAAUGAAUUGUGUGUUAUUUCCGUUUCUAUUUGGUAUAUAUAUAUACGUAGAUAACACGGUUCGGCUGAACAAAAAUGCUUGAAAAGUGAACACGUGGUUUAUUACAAGUCUUAGUUAAUGGUCUAAAAAGUAAAUUUGAGUUGAAUGCUUUAGUGUUUUUUUGAUUGGCGUUUUAAGAUCAGAUAACGGCCAUUUCAAAAUUUGUCUUACCGAAUUGCGCUCCGAAUCGUUUUACGUUAGCAAUUAGUACAAAUUUAAAUUAAAUAACUUUAUGUGCCAUACAUAUUCCCGAAAUUUAAAUAUCCCACCAACGGCGUUGGCUGCACCCGUCCCCGAUAUCAGCUCUUUAUAAAAAAAAAAAAAAAAAACGUGUUCAUUUCUUUUAAGAAAAUAGUUUCGCGCGCAUAAUAAUGUCAUAAUCAGCCGCGUAAAUCAAUCUGGUCGCCGCGUUCUUUGCAGGUAUGACGCUAACGCACGACGACUUGCCGACGGACAAGAACGUGACAGCAGUGCGGACGGCCACGUUGGCCGUGAUCGAAGGAGCCGUGGCCGUGCGGAACUUGGGAGCCGGCGGUGGCGGCGACGGAAGCGAGGUGCGCGUGGUGUCCGGCGAAGCGAUGGACGUCACUGGCCGGUACGCGGUGACCACCGUGAGCGCGACGCCUUCGUGUUACGUGUACGCGGAAACUGCGGCCGCCGGGGACGACGGCGAAAACGAUGCCGCCGAACGGUCGACCGGUGGCGGCCGUCCCAAGUGUUCUACCGCUUGUUUCGCGUUCGCGUUGGACGCCGCGAAAUACGCGUUUUCCCCAUUUUUCCCGUGA